AAUAAUUGCAGCGCUAAACAUGCUUGAAAAGAAGACACUGAACGAAAUGAAAGAUACGCUGACCAAACUGCAAGCCUCUCUAAAAAGUGAUGUUGACAAAUGUGCCACUCUUCGAGAUGAAUUAAAGCAACUUGGAGAUGCCAUACAGGACAUACGUGAUAAAGGCAAGCAGGAACUAUCACUUAUAGCCAAAAUUAAAUGCCACGACAAAAUACUACAGUUUGAAAGAUAUGAGAAGAAGAACUUUGUUCAAGUAAAAUCUUUAAUAAAUUUCCAGCCUAACACUGACAUUGUGCAGUACCUUUCCAAAUUGUCAAGUCUUGGGAAGACAUUGAUAGUUCGGGAAAAUCCAGACCAAAUAAUAAGGAUUGACGGGAGGUCUGAGUAUGAUGUACACAUGAAAGAUGACAAAUUACAAUGCCGUAUCAGAGACAUGUAUGUUUUCCCUAACGGUCAGGUCCUGGUUGCAGACAACAAUAAUAAUAAUAUCAAGCUGCUAAACCAGCAGUACAAAGUGGUGAGUCACUGUAGAGUAUCAUGUAUGUCAGAGGGCAUGUGUCAGAUCACACCCACUGAGGUAUGUGUUACUGUUGGUUCAGAUGUCCAGUUUAUUGAAGUCAACAUUAGCAAACUAGUAACAGACAGAAAGCUUCAGUUACAACAUGACUGUACAGGUGUUUCCUACCAUCAGGGAGAUCUGUUUGUAGCCUCUGGUACUGCACUGUACAAGUACACACUGAAGGGUAAACUUGUCAGCAAAGUGAACGAGAAUAAAGCAGAUCAUCACACAGUCUAUGGAUGUGCAGUGAGCCCAACAGGUGACAGGUUGUAUAUCACCAACCCCUUCCAGAACAAGCUCAUCACCCUGGCAACGGAUGGAUCACUCCUUGCAACCUUCAUGGACCCAGAAUAAGAAUGGCCAUAUGGUGUACAUGUGACACCUGAAGGCACGGUGCUGGUAUGUGGAGAGGCUUUCAAAACUAUCCUGCAGAUUGACAGUAAGGGCAAUAAGAAGCUGGCCACUCUGGCUACAGAAAGGGAUGGGCUUCAGGACCCAUGGUCAAUCUCCUACAACAGCAACACAGCCUUAAUUAUUGUCGGAAUGAGGACCAGUAACAAGAUCCUUGUGUACAAAGUAAAAUAGCUCAUCAUUUUCACAUCUGAUAUGUGUAAUAUUAAGUGAUAUAAAUUACAAUAGCGGUAAGUCAAUAAGUGUUUUGCUACAAUGCAACAAUUUAGUACAUAUAUGUGAAAUAUUACGUGAUGAAAAAAGAAAUAUCUGAUUGUGUAACAGUGUUUUGUAUAAAGGAUUAUUUGGAAAUGUGGAAACACAUAUUUGUAUAUAAAUGAUUUUUUUUGUAUUAUGUAACAUGUUUCUUAAUUGAUAAGUAUCAAGUGUCAAACAAUAAUGUUUACCUUUGUUCUCAGAACGCAAUUGGUUUAUCAAUUCUGUAUAAAACAUGCAUUUUAAUAAUCCGUUUAAAGGACAAUGUUAUUUCAUUAAAAAAUAGGUGCAAUACAUGGAUGCUGUGUUUAGACUGUCAUGCAUUAAAUAAGUAGCAAUAAGUUUAUUUACUCAUUGCUAUUUUAGUGGCGACGCUGAAAUAUAUAUAAAACUUAUUUAUUAAUAAUAAUAAUGUCAA